UGAACGCGAGCUCCGCGCGCGCACGAUCGUCGUCCGCGUUAACUUUUUGGUGAUGGGUUUUUAGUGUGUUUUUUGUUUAACAAGACUGUCGUCCUACUAUUGUUUCCGUGUACGCUACCGCAGUGUGUCCGUGGGUCCAAUCGGGGUUAGUGUUGUUCCGUAGCCAGCCGCCUAGCAGGGUAGCGUGUUUUGUGGUUUCAUCGUGGUGUAUUGUGCGUGGCCGACUUACGCUACUGUUGGUGCUGCCCUUGGCGUACCCUGGCUGUACGCGGUCCGCGGUCAGUACGCUAGGUCGACGAUCAACCGGAGGAAGCAAAAAAAAAAGCGAAGAAGAAAAACGGCUGACCUGGCUUCCUCUCGUUCGUCGCCUGUUUUCCUCAUCUUCACACAAUCAAACAUUCAAUCCGAGCCCUCUCUCGCGACUGACGCCAGACCAAGACCAGGCAGGGCAAAGGCAAGAAAACGGAAAGGAGACAAUCUGGCCGUCCGGGGCGUUUGGAACGCGAUUCCCAGAACGCAGCAACAGCAACCUUCCACCCCCCCCCCCCCCCCCGCGCCCAGGUGCAGGUGUUUUGUUGCCUUGCCGCAGCAAUCAAAAUCGGUCGGUAUAGCCAGUGGUAGUUGGCAGUGCGUGAUUCCUGGGAUUCAACGAAUCACCACCGCGAUCACCAACCCCAUCCGACUGUGUGUUUGUGUGUGUGCAUGUGAUUCAUCAGCAGUAGCGAGGGUGUGGUGUACCUAGCUGCGUGGCUAGCUUUGGGAGCACUUGCCAAUCCCCCCCCAGCCUCCCAGGAUUGGUGCUGUUGCCAAGACGCCAAGGCGGGCGCUUCUGCAUUCCUGGAACCCUCUCCGUGUCCCACUGUCGGGGCCCCUGCCAAAAGGUGCAAUCGUCGUCGGUGUCGUUCUAGACUACCGCUGCCAGAGAUCACUUUAACGGUUUCCCUGUCUGUGGCGAGAGACUAGAACAGGAAAGCAAAAGGAUCGAGUCGGAGAGAAACAGAGCGAGAGAGAGAGUCGUGCAGUGGACUGCAUUCAGACCCGUGAACUGUGUGUGUUUGUGUGCGCGUGUACCAUUUAUGGAGUGUUGACUGCAGCAUAAGGAUGUGUAUGUGUGCGGCUGGCUAAUCUGCCACAGAGUGCAUCGGUUCCCCUCGGUCCUAAAUAUCUGGAAGGGCGAAAUCCGGUGGCCUUGUCCAUUGGAAUCCACAAACACCACCCCCUCACACACAACGGCCAGCCAGACAAAAAAAAAGGAGCUUAGUGAAGAAGACUAGGGGCACCCCCUGGUCGCAUACCAGCGCUGGCUCACCACGGGCGACCGACGGUGACCGGAAUAGUAGCACCGGCACGCCACUUGACAUUGCCAACUGCCGUACGCCAGCCAUGCACCGGAGCUGCCAGCGACACGCACGAAAUCGACACCGCGAUGUUGCAGGACGAAGCAAUCCUGGCGUGCCGGCACCACCACAGAUGCCACCGACGACGACGACGACGACGACAGCAAACACAAACAAAAUUAGUGCAGCAGGAGCAGCAAUCGCCGAUGUUGAUUGUUGAACCUUCGCCAACAGCAGCAGCUGGCCGGCUGCAAGCGGAAACGGCAGCACGGAUGGAGGAUGCAGCCCAGCAGAGGCCGUGUGGCCAUCGGCUUCGAUUACCUUAUCACCAGCGGACCGGGCGAACGCGUUGGUCGGUGGCAUCGGCAUCGGCUGCCGCCGGCAUCCUUGCCCUCUGUUGCGUGUUGACUAGCAGCUCAACCCUAGUGGCCGGCUAUAGCACGGCAGAUGCGACGUCGCUGCUGCAGGCACCACGCUUCACCACGCAACCCUCCUCAUCCGGUUCGAUCGUAAACGAGGGCCGAACGAAGAUACUCCAGUGCCACGCAUCGGGUUACCCGCAACCGAGCUACCGGUGGCUGAAGGAUGGUAUCCCGGUCGGCAGCUUCAGCAACAGCCAGUACCUCAAGAUCCAGAACAUAACCCGCGACAGUGCCGGUUCGUAUCAGUGCGAGGCGGAAAAUCGAGCCGGCACAAUCUUCAGCGAGAAGAUAGAUGUGGUCGUCGCCUACAUGGGCGUGUUUACGGAUCUGGCGGAGAAGGUGGUCUCGGUAGCGGCCGGUUACCCGGCCAUUCUGAACCUGUCGGCCAUCGAGUCGGUACCGGCACCGUCGGUGACGUGGCAAACGGACGAGGGUCCACUGACGUACGACAUCAAGUACGCACAGACGGCCAACAACCAGCUCAUCAUCCUGAGCACGGACGAGAGCGAUAUCCGGGCGUACCGGGCCCGCGCCAUCAACACGCAGAUCGGCCGGGAAGAGAUCACGGGGUUCGUGCGGCUCAACGUGACGACCGACGGCGGCGGUGGUGGUGGUGGUGGCAACCCGUACGCCGAGAUAGCACCGGAAAUCAUCGUGCACCCGCGUAGCGUCCGGGUGGUGCGGGGGGCCGAAACGGUCGAGCUGGAGUGUAUCGCGAACGCACGGCCCCUGCACGAGCUCGAGACGGUUUGGCUGAAGGAUGGCAUCCCGAUCGAGAACACGGGCAUACUGUUUGCGCAGACCGACCCGUGGAACCGCACCAUCACGCUCCUGCACGUCAACCUAACGCACACGGGCGAGUACACGUGCCAGGUGCGGAUGCGCACCGGUGGUCACCCGACCGUCUUCUCGAUGGCUCGCGUCACGGUACAGGAACCGCCCACGUUCGUCACCCCGCUCCGCACCGAAACGCUCGGCGAUUACGGUUCGCGCAUCAUCCUGCCGUGUGACGUGAUCGGUGUGCCGAUGCCGUCGAUCCGCUGGUACAAGAACGCCCAGCCGAUUGAGCCGCAGGGUGUGGGCGGGGGCGGGAGCGCGGGCAUGGGUACCGGGGGCCGCUACACGGUGCAGGAUGACAACUCGCUCGAGAUACUGCGGCUCAGCAUCGACGAUACCGCCAUGUUUCAGUGUCUCGCGUCAAAUGAGGCCGGCGAGCGGUCUGUCUACACCUGGCUAAAGGUGAAAACUUCGAUGCCAAUCAUGGAGGUACCGCCGGCGAACCAGACCGUCCUGGACGGGAAGGAUGCCACCAUCAGCUGCCGUGCGAUAGCCGCUCCGACACCCAACAUCACCUGGCUGUACAACGAUACCUACCCAAUUGAGUCGUCCGCCAGGGUGCAGGUACUGGAAACGGGGGAUCUGCUGCUGUCAAACGUCCGAGAGUCGGACAGCGGCCUGUACACGUGCUUCCGGGAGAACGAAGCCGGACGUAUCACAGGGUCCGGCUAUCUGACCGUUCUAGUAAGAACACAGAUCGUUCGCCCACCGGCCGAUACGAUCGUACUACUCGGCCACUCAGCCACUCUCGAGUGUGGCGUAUCGAGCGAUCCGACCGUGCCGUACAAUAUCGACUGGUACCGGGAACCGAAUCGCUUACCGAUCAAGAACAGCCACCGGAUCGGUGUGCGGGGCGAUGGGACGCUCGAGAUCACCGAGGUACGACCAUCGGACGUUGGGCAGUACGGGUGCAUCGUCACGUCACCGGGCGGCAACGAGACCCGGUCGGCACGGCUGAGCGUCAUCGAGCUACCAUUCGCACCGUCGAAUGUGCGCGCGGAACGGCUCAGCACACCGCAGCACCGUGCCAUCAACGUGUCGUGGACGCCCGGUUUCGAUGGGAACAGCAAGCUGAUCAAAUUCAUCGUGCAACGGCGCGAGGUGCCGGAACUCGGGCCACUGCCCGAUCCGCUGCUCAACUGGGUAACGGAAUCGGCGAACGUGUCGGCCAACGUGCGCUGGUUGCUGCUGGCGAACCUGAAAGCGGCCACCGCCUACCAGUUCCGCGUGAGCGCGGUCAACCGUGUCGGUGAAGGUUCACCGUCGGAGCCGAGCAACGUGGUACGGUUACCGCAGGAGGCACCGUCCGGUGCGCCAGUCGGAUUCGUCGGUUCCGCUCGCUCAUCGACGGAGAUCAUCGUCCAGUGGCAGCCACCGUUGGAGGAGCACCGCAAUGGGCAGAUUCUGGGUUACAUCAUCCGGUACCGCCUGUUUGGGUACAACGCGAGCCCGUGGAACUACCGGAACAUCACGAACGAGGCCCAGCGCAACUAUCUGAUCCAGGAGCUGAUCACCUGGAAGGACUAUGUGGUCGAAAUUGCCGCCUACAACAACAUGGGCGUCGGUGUGUACAGCGAGGGCGCGAAGAUUAAGACGAAGGAGGGUAUCCCGGAGGCGCCACCGACCGGGGUGCGCGCCAUCGCCUUCAACUCGACGGCCGUGCGCGUCUGGUGGACACCGCCGAACCCGCAGCAAAUCAAUGGCAUCAACCAGGGCUACAAACUGCAGGCGUGGCGGUACGAGCUGCCAUCGGCACCAGGAACGGACGAGCCAGUGCCGCUGGAGCAGGAGAUGCGCACACUGACGGUGGCACCGAAUCUGCUCGACCCGCUGGCCGAGCAGAGCGCGGUUCUCGGUGGGCUGGAAAAGUACACCGUCUACAACGUGACCGUGCUGUGCUUCACCGAUCCGGGCGAUGGGGAGCGCAGUGCACCGUCGGCCGUGCGCACACUAGAGGACGUUCCGGACGAAGUGGCGUCACUGCAGUUUACUGGCAUAUCCGAUCGGGCAGUGACGGUCCUGUGGGAUCCACCAAGGCGCACCAACGGUAUCCUGCUCGGUUACCAGGUGCGGUACUAUGAGCGUGAUUCGGGCCCGGGUACGGCCCGCACCGUCAACCUGACGGCCGAGGCAAACAGCCUACAGGUGACGCACCUGACGGCCACCACCCACUACACGUUCGAGGUUAAUGGGUGGACGGCGGUCGGUGAGGGGGUGCCGAAGGUGGCCACCAUCCAGUCCGGCAUCGAACCGGUACUACCACGCCCCCCGUACCAGCUCGCUCUGUCCAACAUCGAGGCGUUCUCGGUGGUGAUACAGUUUACGCCCGGUUUCGACGGUAACUCGUCGAUCACGCGCUGGAUCGUCGAGGCGCAGACGGCUCGCAACCUGACCUGGUUCGUCGUGCACGAGGUGAAUGAUCCGGAUGCGUCCACCGUGACCGUGCUCGGCCUGACACCCUUUACCUCCUACCGGUUGCGCCUCAUCGCGUGCAACGUGGUCGGCCGCUCGGAACCGUCCGAACCGACGAAAGAUUUCCAAACGAUCCAGGCACCCCCGAAACACCCACCAUUCAAUGUGACGGUGCGGGCGAUGAGCGCGAAAGAGCUGCGCGUACGCUGGAUACCGCUGCAGCAAAGCGAAUGGUACGGCAAUCCGAAGGGCUACAACAUAACCUACCGCAACAUCAACGAAGCGGCGGAUGAUGAGACCACCGUGCUGGUGGCAACGCUUGGUGCACCAUCGGGAGCAGCGACGACACCCGGCAGUGGGGUGCGGAGUGUGCUGAUCGAGGACUCGACCGCUAACUCGCACGUGCUAGAGGGUUUGAAGGAGUGGUCGGUGUAUGAGGUGGUGAUGACGGCGGUCAACGAGGUCGGUGAGUCGCAGGACAGUCCACACGCGUUCGAGCGGACUCGCGAGGGCGUACCAUCGAUGGGGCCGGCCGUGGUCGAAGCGAACGCUACCUCGUCCACCACGAUCGUGGUCCGAUGGCAGCAGGUACCGAAGGUGCACCGGAACGGCCAGAUCGAAGGGUACCGUGUGUAUUAUGGUUCGCUCGGCCGCACCCCCAUCCUGCACAAGACGAUCCCCAACAACGGCACGUUCACGGCGACGCUAACCGAGCUGCGCAAGUUCGUCCCGUACGAUGUGCAGGUGCUGGCGUACACGCGGCUCGGCGAUGGUACGCUCAGCACACCGCCGGUGCGUGUGCAAACCUUCCAGGAUACGCCCGGUGCCCCGUCGAACGUUUCCUUUCCGGACGUUUUGUUCAGCAUGGCGCGCAUCAUCUGGGAUGUGCCCGAUGAGCCGAACGGCGAGAUACUGGCCUACCGCGUCACCUACCUGCUCAACGAGUCGCACAGCCUGAACUUUACGCAAGAGUUCCCACCGUCCGAUCGUACGUUUCGGGCGACCCAGUUGCUCGCCGAACGGUACUACAUGUUCAGUGUGACCGCUCAGACGCGGCUCGGCUGGGGCAAGACGGCGUAUGCGCUCGUUUACACCACCAACAACCGCCAGCUGCCCCAGGCAGCGUCCGAGCCGCAGAUCUCGCGUUCGCAGGUGCAGGCGGAACAGAUAACCUUCAGCUGGACGCCGGGCAGGGAUGGGUUCGCGCCGCUCCGCUACUAUACGGUGCAGCUGCGCGAGAACGAGGGCGCCUGGAGCACGUUACCGGAGCGGGUGGACCCGUCCGUUACCUCGUACACGGCCAGCGGUCUCAAGCCGCACACGUACUACCAGUUCCGGAUCCGGGCGACCAACGAUCUCGGCCCGUCCAGCUACAGCCCCGAGAGUGUACAGACGCGAACGUUACCGGCCGCCCCGUCCGCUGGCGUUACCGGGCUGAAGGUGGUACCGAUCACGACGACCAGCGUGCGUGUGCAGUGGAAUGCGCUGGCGGCGAGUGCCUGGAACGGGGAUACCGAAACCGGUGGCUACCGGAUACUGUACCAGCCGCUGUCCGACUUUCCCUCGACGCUCCAGAGCACACCGAAGCUGGACGUGCCGGGUGUGCGCGAGAUGUCGGCCGUGCUGACCGAGCUGACGCAGGAUCGCAACUACGAGAUCAUUCUGCAGCCGUACAACUCGCAAGGUUCGGGACCGCCGACACCACCGGUUGCCGUGUACGUGGGCGAAGCCGUACCGAUUGGGGAACCGCUCAACAUCGAGGGUGUGGCCCUGUCGUCGACCGAGGUACGGUUGCGCUGGAGCCCUCCGCAGCAGAGCACCCAAAACGGGGAGCUGCUCGGGUACAAGAUUUUCUAUCUCGUCACCAACACAUCGGAGGAGGAACUGCCUCCUGUUGCUGCCGACGCUACUACUGGUGGUGGUGGUGGUGGUGGUGAGGGCCAUCGGAAGCCGCCCGAGGAGGAAAUCGAAGUCGUGCCGGCUUCGUACACCGCACACAAUCUCGUCUUUCUCGACAAGUAUACCGAGUACCGUAUCCAGAUACUGGCGUUCAAUCCGGCCGGCGACGGUCCCCGGUCCGCACCGAUCACGGUGCAGACGCUGGCCGGGCUGCCUGGUCCACCGACCCAGCUCCGUUUCAGCGAUAUCACCAUGAACAGCUUGCUGGUUAGCUGGGAGCCACCGCGCAAGCGCAACGGGCUCAUCCUAGGCUACAUUGUUGCAUACGAAACGACCGAGGACAACGAAAAGUUCAGCAAGCAGGUGAAACAGAAGGUGACCGGCACUAGCCUUAUGGUGCAGAACCUGGAAGAGGAAGUCACGUACACGUUUACGGUGCGGGCACAAACGAUUGAUUAUGGACCGGCAAUCAGCGGUAACGUCACUACCGGGCCGCAGGAGGGUUCACCCGGUUCGCCACGCGAUCUCGUGAUUGCCAAAUCGCAGGCCAGCGUCGACAUGCAGUGGCUGAACGGGCAGUCGGGUAAAGGGCCGAUCCUUGGUUACUACAUCGAAACGAAGAAGCGCGAUGAUUUGCGAUGGGAAACGGUAUCGCGCACGAAUAACGGCCCGUUGGAGGAGUUUACCGUUAGUUUCCAGAACCUGUUACCUUCGACCGCCUACAAGUUCCGCGUUAUCGCCUAUAACCGGUACGGCAUCAGCUGCCCGGUUUACUCGGAUGAUGCAGUGCUGACACCAUCGAAGCUCUACCUCGAGUAUGGCUACCUGCAGCUGAAACCGUUCUAUCGGCAGACUUGGUUCAUGGUAGCCCUUGCCGCUACCUCGAUCGUCAUCGUCAUCAUAGUCGUCGCGAUACUGUGCGUGAAGAGCAAAAGCUACAAGUACAAGCAGGAAGUCCAGAAAACGCUAGAGGAAUCGAUCGCCAUGUCGAUCGACGAGCGGCAGGAGCUGGCCCUCGAGCUUUACCGAUCCCGGCACGGUAUGACCGGUAACGGUGGUGGAAUGAUGGGCGGUGGUGGUAGCGGUGGCGGCGGCGGCACCGGCACAAUGAUGCUGCACAGUACGCUUGGACGCCGUACCGGUACGAUACUGGGUCGUAAGGGUGGCGGUGGUGGUCCAUCGUCGAGUGCGGCAGCGGCAGCAGCCGCGGCCUCUCUCGGCAAAUCGCCACCGCGCCCAUCGCCCGCAUCUGUUGCGUACCACAGCGACGAGGAAAGUCUCAAAUGUUACGACGAAAAUCCGGAUGAUAGCAGCGUCACGGAGAAACCGUCCGAGGUCAGCUCCAGCGACUCACAGGCCUCGGAGAGUGAGAACGAAAGCGUCCGGUCGGAUCCGCAUUCGUUCGUCAACCACUACGUGAACAAUGAUUUACUGCGGCAGUCAUGGAAACGCCAGAAGCCGGUACGCAACUACUCCAGCUACACCGACUCCGACCCGGAGGGUUCGGCCGUGAUGAGCCUGAACGGGGGCCAAAUCAUAAUGAACAAUAUGGCUCGAUCAAGAGCCCCGCUGCCCGGCUUCAGUUCAUUUGUGUGACGAGGAAGCGAGAUACAGCCGGCACUAUGACUGCUAUAGCACACUUAAGAGGGGCGGUUUUGCUACAACGAUGAGAUUCCUUUUUGAUUACUUAGCAACUACUGCCAACAGAACGACGGAAAGAUUAAGCGUGCUUUCCGUCGUUUUUUUUUUUUUAUCAAUCACUUAUCGAUCAAUCCCUCCAAUGCUAGUGGGUGUGCGUGUUUUUUGUUUAGGAAACUCUCUCUCUCUCUACUUGUCCCCCCAACGCAAGAACUAGGUAGAUCAAUCAAUGGCACGUGAACCCCCAAACCGCGGUACGCUGCUGAAUUCGUUUGAAUUCUUCUUUUAAUCUCUGAGUCUCGGUAGUUAGUCUAUAAGCAUGGAACGGAUGUGGUGCAGGUGAAGUAGGAAGUGACGCAGCUCAUUAUCACGCCACGAAUUUACAAUCGCAGAAGCACAUACACAAGUGGUGUAGCUCCUGUGCGAGCGUGCCUGCUACUUAAGCAAACUCUUACUCCCCCGGCGCAGACUACGGGGAAAGCAUUUUUCCGGGAAUGGAGUGAAGUUUUUGGUUUUUUUUACUGGAAGACUAACCUUAAAUAUCGUAGCUAGAAAAUAAGCACCCAAGCGGCCUUGUAUCUUAAUUCGAUUCGGGUGUUGAAAGAGCGCCCUGCACUUAAGGCUGACGUUGAUCCGUUACUUUAAACAAGAACGAGAAAACCGAAAACACAAUAUGGAAACCGAAAAGAGAAAUGAACGGCUCCAAACGGUGGGAGAAUGUAUGCAAUGGCUGCUAGUAAAUGGUGUGAUGGAGGCGCCUUAAUGGAUUAACAAACAUGGAAACAUAUCUUGAUGUGAUAAUCAUAACUGUAUGCGAUGGUAGAGGUCGUCGCCGAUGCGAACCAACCCUGCCUGUAUAACCUACCCGCGGUCCCAUUGCGGCUAGUGAAUGGAGUAAGCUCGCGAUAGAGCUCGCGUUCAACAGGCGUAGUAGGCGUUCGAGUGGAAUACGUGGAAGCGAAAGAAAGCGCGCAACAGGCGAAAUGGGGCAAAGCAGCUACGCAGCAAAGUGUAAUAGGCAAACCCCAGACAACAGGCCGUGGGAAACCGGGGUCGCGAUACCUGGGGGUAAUGUAGCUUUCUUUUACAUGCCUUCCUACUUUUUGACGAUUUUUAAUAACUGUAUGUCCGCUCUUUUCGCAAGUAAAAUAAUUGAAUCGACCUAAGAAAGAAGCCAUUUUCGUAAGUAAAAAGAAUAAAAAGAAUGAAUUGGAUAUACUAUGUAUACUGGCGUAAUUUGUAGGUGAAAACACAAUAAAAACGAAAACGUAAUACACCAUUCA